UCCGGCGAGGAUGUGCGCUGACGUCACCGCCGUGUUGAUUUGCUAAGCGGCGGACAGAGAGGAGUCAGUGAGCGCGCGAGAGAGAGCGGGGACUGUGAACUGCGUUACUAUGCUACAGUCCUAAUAACCGCACGCUCGGAAGCCAAACGUGCAAGACAGAUUGACCUUAUCUUGUUUACAAAGAUAACUGAACAGACUGCUACGUGGACAGGAAGACUCAUGAGUUGGCCGUGUGGAUUUCAGAGACGUUAUGGAUUUGACUAAAGUGGGUAUGAUCCAGCUCCAGAACCCCAAUCACCCCAAUGCCCUGCUGCACAAGGCUAAUCAAAUGCGCCUGGCCGGCACGCUGUGUGACGUUGUCAUCAUGGUGGACAGCCAGGAGUUCCAUGCUCACCGGACCGUACUGGCCUGCACCAGUAAGAUGUUCGAGAUCCUCUUUCACCGGAACAGCCAACAUUACACUCUCGACUUUCUCUCACCAAAGACCUUCCAGCAGAUUCUGGAGUAUGCUUACACUGCCACGCUCCAAGCUAAAGUGGAGGAUCUGGAUGACCUGCUGUACGCAGCAGAGAUCUUAGAAAUAGAGUACUUGGAGGAGCAAUGCCUGAAGAUACUGGAGACCAUCCAGUCCUCUGAUGAAAACGACACUGAGGUCAACAUGAAUGAUGGAGGCGCAGAAGAUGAUGAGGAGCGCAAGGGACGGCAUGUGAGAAACCUGAAAAAGCAUUCCGUGGAGGAGGGCAGCUACGUGUCGACUGUCCAGCAAGCACUGACCCUGCCAGGAAUGGUGGAUCAGAGUCCUUCUGUCUCCACCUCCUUUGGCCUCUCUACCAUGAGCCCAACCAAAGCAGCUGUGGACAGCCUGAUGAGCAUUGGCCAGUCCCUCCUGCAGAGCACCAUGCACCCUGGCGCGGGUGCUGAUCAGAACCUGCACAGCAACUCCCACCCCAUGAUGGGACAGAUCAAGAUGGAGAUGAUGCAAGUAGAUGAGAGCGGAGAACAUGAGAGCCAUAAAGCCAUGGAAUCCAGUGCCUCCAGCAACGGCGAGCGCAGCGGAGAACCCGACAAGAACCGUGAUGGGCCCGGCACCCCUACCAGGAGCAGCGUGAUCACCAGUGCCCGUGAACUGCACUAUGUCAGGGAGGAAGGUGUAGGUGACCAGCAGCCCGAGGUCAGCCAGAUGGGGCUGGAGGCCAUGGCGGGGAUGACCGAAAAACACUUGGCAUCGCUCUACGGGAUUCCUCCCAACCACAAGAACGAAGCUAUGCUCUCUAUGCCUGCCUCCAUGGCCUCAUCCUUGCACAUGUCCCCAGCCUUGGCCAUGUCCAUGGACUUCAGUGCCUACGGUGGCUUGCUGCCUCAAAGUUUCAUCCAGAGGGAGUUCUUCAACAAGCUUGGCGAGUUAGCUGCUGGGAUGAAGCCGGACGGCCGCAGCCCGAAUGAGCGCUGCAACGUUUGUGGCGCCGAACUGCCUGACAAUGAGGCCAUAGAGCAACACAGGAAGCUGCACAGCGGAAUGAAGACCUACGGAUGCGAGCUUUGUGGGAAACGCUUCUUAGACAGUCUGCGCCUAAGGAUGCACUUGCUGUCUCACUCAGCUGGUGAGAAAGCCAUCGUUUGUGACCAGUGUGGAGCUCAGUUCCAGAAGGAAGAUGCUCUGGAGGCCCACCGGCAGAUCCACACAGGUUCAGAUAUGGCCAUCUUCUGUUUGCUGUGUGGGAAGCGCUUCCAGACGCAGACGGCUCUGCAGCAGCACAUGGAGGUCCAUGCAGGUGUGCGCAGCUACAUCUGCAGCGAGUGCAACCGCACAUUUCCCAGCCACACCGCACUCAAGCGCCAUCUCCGUUCACAUACAGCAGGUGACCAUCCGUUUGAGUGUGAGUUCUGCGGCAGCUGCUUCCGAGACGAGAGCACGCUGAAGGGACACAAGCGCAUCCACACUGGAGAGAAACCCUAUGAAUGUAACGGCUGCGGCAAGAAGUUCAGCCUCAAACACCAGCUAGAGACCCACUACCGUGUCCAUACAGGUGAGAAGCCGUUUGAGUGCAAGCUCUGCCACCAGCGCUCCAGGGACUACUCGGCCAUGAUAAAACACCUGCGUACCCACAACGGAGCAUCACCGUACCAGUGCACCAUCUGCCUGGAGUACUGCCCCAGCCUCUCCGCCAUGCAGAAGCACAUGAAGGGCCACAAGCCUGAAGACAUCCCCCCGGACUGGAGGAUAGAGAAGACUUACCUGUACCUCUGCUACGUCUGAAGGAGGGAGACGGUGGGGAGGGAGGGGAGCGGGAGCACGAGGGGUUAAAGCACCUGGAAACACAGUCAGGAAAUGGACACAUUUGUCAGAGGGGCUGGGCAAGGCGGAAUGGGACUGGACAGGAACUAAAAAGGCAGAAAUCUUACCCCGUCAGUAUUGCAAAAAAAAGCAUCAUGUUUAUAGCUGUAUAUCCGUUCUCAGCACGGAUCAUAUGGGAAGUCCACUCUCUACAUGUCAGAUUACGUCCCAAACGUUAAAUAUGGUUUAUCAGUCAAUCAGCAAUGAUCCCUUCUCUUCAUAAGGAUGCCCUCUUCUGUUACAAAAAUAGUAAUGUGAACGAGUGUGAGCUCGAUGGCAGCAGAGAUGUCGGUGCAAGAAGCACUUAGAUCCGUCAGUGGUAACGUGCCAGUCAGGUACUCCACAGCAAAUAUGAACCGUCAUGUUCAUCAGGGUCAUUACUGCAUCUGGGACGUAAGCUUCCUGCAAAACAUGUUCACGAUGCCCGGCUGACAUGUUGAUCCCUCCCAUAUGAUUCACAUUCACUAAGGGCUUAUUGGUUUAGCCAGUGUACAAAUCAGCUAAGCUCUCAGUACUCUGCUCAUCAACGUCAUUUCACUUUUUUCUCUCUCAGCAUAGCUUCGUAGCACGCAUUACAAGCUGACUUCACGACGACAGUUUUUGUUUGAUGUUGAUUUCUCAAGCGCCACAUUUUGAGUUUAUUUUAAGCUGUAUUAUGCGCACACUGUACAUGUUCACAUUAUCUCCUCCUUCACUUAUCAAUUCAGAAAAUCGCUUUGAAAUGCAUACAGAACACCCAUGACACACUAGACAUCUAAUCAACUGUUUAUGCUGUUGUUAUAGAGACCAAAAUGAUGACUUAAGCUGCUUUUGUCAGUGGCUUGCAGGCUGAGCGGCACUGUGACGUACAGGGCUCGUCCGCACGUAUCCGCGUGUUCGUAGGUGGCCAUGAGGCUUGGCCUGUCCAGCCGGGAACGCUGGGAUGAAUGAACAGAGCAGAUCAAAUCUUUUGGUUUGGUUCCUUUUGCUUUGUCUGUGUUUCCUAUUUUACCUUGAUUUAUUUCAGCACAUCGUACUUGAAUUACCUCGUUUUUUUGUGACCUCAUGUGCUAGUGUUUUAAUUUUUCCUUUGUAUAUUUGAUUGUUUGCUUUGCGUUUGUCUUUCGAGCAGGGGAGAUCUGAAGCAGCGCUUGCUUUUAAGUUCUUAAGAAAUUAAGUGCCAUGGUGAAGAGAGAUUAUUUGUCUUUCGUUCAGCAUUUGUUUAGUCUGUCUUGGCAUUAAUCUUACCAAACUUGGUAUUAUGUUUUUGUUUUGUUUGUUUUGUUUUACUAACCCUGCUUGUUGAAGAGCUUGUGGGUUUUGUCGUUUUUGUAAACUACCUCGAAGUUUUGUUUCUUUUUGUUGCGUUUCGUUUGCGAAAGCAGAUUGUUGUUUUGCAUUAUUUCAGCUUCAUCUCAUGCUUUCAAGUAUUGUAUGUCGGAAGCGACGGAUAUGAAAGGUUAAGAUUUGCUUAUAGGAACAGUGAAUUAAAAAAAAAUACAAAAUAAGUCCUAACUUUCCCUAUCAGUCCCCUCACCCUUGUAAAUGUUACCUUAAGAGCAGAAAAGAGAUUUCUGAAGCCUUAAGUUUGGGGUUGGAGUUCAUCUGGGAGUGUGCGUAUGGAACAAGUGAAGUGUAGUACUUUAAAGUCUGAAAAAAAAAAAAACUUGAAAAUAUGUGAAUAGAAUUGUAGUUUUGUAAUGUGAAAAAAGAAGGUUCACAGAGUGUGAGCCAACAAGAACAGGUCAUAUGCAGCAGUGCAUUGUGCGUUGGACAAUUGGGACUGCAAGUUGUAAUGAAAGGAAGAAAAAAAAAAAUCCUGUCAGUUGACGUUUCUUUGUAUGAGUGUAGUCCUGCGCAAGAGCCAACAGAGGCCAUUUGAUAUAUCAAAUUUGUGAUAUUUUUGUAUUAAGUGUAAGUCCCUUUUUCCAUUUGUUGAGGUUACAGCGGGGCAAAACUUUGUAGUUCUUUUUUUAUAUCAUUAUUCUCUCAUUUGAAUCGUUGCCUUGCUCCUCUUCUGUAAUGUUGGACAGUGCGUGAUCCUAUAGUGGUAAAUGUUGCUUUUUUGGAUGUCAAUACAUUGCAGGUGAAGGACUAAAUCAGCCACAUUCUCCUUUGUGAAAAUAAACUAACAAAAAAAAAAUGUGACGCCAAUGAUCAAUACCAUUGCACACGAUAUCUCAAAACAAUCAAUGUUGCCAACGUUUUGUUUUUUACUUGAAGUGACAAAAAAAUGAAGGGAUGGGAAGACGCGUCAAAUGAAACGUAACUGUCGUUUGUCUUGCCGUUGUUUUCUGGAAAACACUGUGAGUUCGGGCGUAUUUGCCUCCUGUGAGAAUUUAAAAACUAGUAGCUCCAUGGAAAAAAAAAAGGCUGAAAUUAUUUUUUAUAUUUUGUUCUGUAAAUGGAUGAUAUCGGCGGAGUAAAACAGAGUUUUGCAAUAUGUGGCAACUAUACGAGAUAUUAAGUCACAUGUUAGUGUAACGUUUUGAUUUUGUACUUUGCUUUGAGUGUUUUCACAUAGUGUGUCUGUGUGUUUGAGACUGAAAGUGUGUGUGUGUGUGUGUGUGUGUAUGUGCGUGCGUGCGUGCGUGCAUGAGAGAGCACGUUAGUGUCGAAUGCACUAAUAUGAAAGUCAUGUUCUAUGCCAUUUUUCUAUCACCAUGAUUUAAAAAAAAAAAUGGCAUUGAUAUAGUUCUUCCCUCAAUGUUCUUCUGAUGUUUUGGUAAUAUCUUUGUGCCUAAAUGAAAUUGUUCAACAAAUUGUCCACAUAUAUCUGCUUAGUUUCUGUAUUUUCAAGAAAAUUAUUGGUGUCUUCAGGGCUCCAGGGUUGCCAUGAUGAUCUUGGAUCGAUUCACUUGAGACGAUUUUUUGUUGUAGUUUUAAUAAUGAUAAUUUGGUCUACUUUCAGUGGUUCCACUGAUGACCGAUCAGCAUUGUAGUGUUUUAUACACCGUUUUCUAAAAAAGACAAGCCAAACAUUCCUUGGAUCGGAAUAUGUGCGUUAUUUCACAAUGAAUAUCCUGCUUUGAGAGGGGAAAACAAUUACUGUUUGAGAAUCAAACUUGCUUUCAUUUCCACAAAUGUUUUUUUUUUUUGCCUCCGCAACAGGUUUGCUGAUUAAACCUUUCAGCCAUGUCCCUUUAACAUUCGGCAGGUUGUUGAUGCAUUUGUACUGCCCCUACUAGACAUGUUUAUUAGUUGUUUAAAGUACUUAUGUUAAAGAAACGGUAAGCCAUGCAUCAUCAUUGCAUCCCUGGAGUUGGCUCACUGUGUUCCAGUGUGGUGUUCUAGGAAGAGUAGCCAUUUCAUGCUGUGUUGCCAUGCAUGUGCCAUUGAGGUCAAAACUAAACUGUUUGAGUAACAAAGCACCAAGACGUUGUCUUUUUUUUUAUAUUAGCACUGAGGACCAAUUGCCCUGUCGGACCAAGCAUAACAAAGCUUUUUAUGUAACAAAGCAGUUUCUCUCUACUGGAUCCCCCUCUUCUUUCCUGGCGUGUCUGUAUUUUUUUGUUUUUUUUUCUUCCCUUGUGACAGCACAAGUCCCAGUCCUGUUGCUCUUUAAGAAUAUAGUGUUUUGUUUCUGGGGGUUUUAUUUUUGUUUGUUCUGUUAUUAUUAUUUGAAUUGUUAUAGUUACGUCUACCUCAGCACCUAAUCUUAGCCUAAUCUUAGAAGGUGCCAAAUUUUUAUUUUAUUUUUUUCAUUUGUUGUCAGUUGUACAAAUAUUAAUUUGCAUUAGAGCUUUGCUACGGUCCUUUGUCUUUUCCAGCAACAUGCUAUUUUUUGUAGCACUACUUUCUGGAUGUCGUGCUACAGAUCUUGGCAUCAGUUUCCUGAUGUAGUCUUUCUUUUGGUGUAGGAUCAGACACAUCUCUUUGUAACAUUUCAGUGUUCUCUGAUGGAGUGUGAAAAAAAAAAUAAAGAAUUUAAAGAGACUGAA